ACAACUCAAUGCUGCAGAGGUUGGAAGUUCUGCCAGUGCUAGAAUAUGAUCACUUACAAAGUCAUGAUUGAGACUGGGACAGGCUUGUAUGCAGGAACCAAGAGUUAUGUCUUCUGCACCCUGAUCGGAGAGAGGGAGAAGAGUCACAAGGCUAGUGUGAACAGAUGGCUGCACAAUGACUUGAAGCGGGGAACUGUGGAUCACUAUGAAAUUGCAAGUGACUGGGACCUUGGGAGCAUUAAUUUUGUGGAGCUGCAAGUAACUCCAUUCUACUUCCAAGAUUACUGGUUCUGCUGCUGUGUGACGGUGGAGACCCCCGAGGGAAACACCUUCCAUUUCCCCUGCUACAAGUGGCUGGCCAACUGUACCAUAAGCCUCCGGGAAGGAACAGCUAAAAGAAUCUAUGAUGAUGGACCCGUGUUCCAGUGUCAUCGUAAGAAUGAACUACGGGAGAAACAACAGCUCUAUCGGUGGAGGGAAUUACCCUCGAUAUUGCCAAAGUGUAUUGAUGCUCGAUCAGUGGAUGAUCUCCAUAUGGAUUUGAGGUUCAGUUGUGUGAAAGAACUCGGUUUUGAAUUCUCCGUGAUAGAGAGCCUUUCAGAACUCACGCUGAAGGAGAAAGUGAACAAGUUGGAAUGCUCUUGGACCACCGUUGAGGACUUUAAUCACAUUUUUUGUGUCAACCAUUCUAAUGCAGUGUUUGCCAAGCAUCAUUGGAAGGAGGAUUGGUUCUUCGGUAACCAGUUUUUGAAUGGCUUCAACCCAGUCCUGAUAGAGAAAUGCGACAAAAUCCCACCAAACUUCCCUGUGACAGAUGACAUGGUCAGGACAUCUCUCAGGAACUCCACACUGAAGCAAGAGAUAGAGAAUGAAAAUAUCUAUAUUGUCAAUUAUGAGAUCUUGGAUGGAAUUCCUGCCAAUGUAAUUGAAGGUGUGCAGCAGUACACUGCAGCACCUAUUUGCCUGCUUUACCGUAAUGAACAGAACUACAUGAUACCCAUUGCUAUCCAGCUGAAGCAGACCCCGGGAGAAGACAAUCCCAUUUUCCUUCCCUCGGAUGCUGAGCUCGACUGGAUGCUGGCCAAGAUGUGGGUGCGGAGCUGUGAUUUUCAACAUUUUGAGUUGGUCUCCCACCUUCUGAAAACUCACCUGAUUGCUGAGACAUUCAGCAUGGCCACUCUCAGGCAACUGCCGUCCGUGCACCCCAUUUACAAGCUGCUGGCUCCUCAUGUGAAGUACACGAUGCAUAUCAACACCGUUGCUAGAAUAAAACUGAUAGGCAAUAAUGGAUAUAUCAGCCAAAUGUUUGGUGUCAAAGAAGAUGAUUUUCAUUUGCUGUGUUCAAAAGCCUUUCAAAGGCUAACAUACCGGUCACUGUGUCUGCCAGAAAACCUGAAGGACCGUGGAGUCACAGAACUCAAAGGGUAUUGUUACAUGGAUGAUGGCCUGCUCCUAUGGAGAGCGAUUCAUGAGUUUGUCACUGGAAUUGUCAUGUAUUACUAUAAGGAAGACAGUGAAAUUCAAGAUGACUCUGAGCUUCAGGCCUGGAUCAAGGACCUCACUGAAGUUGGACUUGAAGGUAUUGGAGACUCUGAAUUUCCGACAUCAUUCCACACCAGGGACGACCUGUGCACAUUCCUCACCAUGAUUAUCUUCACAUGCAGUGCCCAACAUGCAGCCCUGAAUAAUGCACAGUAUGAUUGGGGUGCCUGGGUCCCCAACUCACCCUGCUCCAUGAGGAAGCCUCCUCCCACUACCAAAGGGAUCAUGACCAUGGAGCACAUCAUGGAAUCACUACCAUCUCUGCACCAGUCUUGCCUACAAAUGGCAAUUCUCUGGAUCCUUAAUCAGAAGCCAUGGGAGAUGGUAAGGAAUUGA